AUCCACCAAACACACCCACCCAACACCCACAUCAUUUUCCCCUCGGCUCACAGUCCGUCAUCGCUCGACCAUAGCCGAAUUAACGGCGCAAAAACCGGCCAAGGCAGUCACUCAAAGCUGCAAAACUAUGCGAUUGAACACGAACCUACGUUCACAUCCUCGGGACGAAUCGUAUCAGAUACUAGUACUCUGACCCUGUGGCGGCCCGUCACCUCAACCCGUCCAGUGCUUCCAGUCCACUUGCCAGCUGCCUUCCUAAUUGUCUCCAAUGAACCCGCUCAGGUCUGCGCUGGUGGGCGCCGCAUCUAGAAGGCCUCUCCCCAGAUAUCCCUCCUCUCCCUCCCUUUCCUUCCGAAUGGCUUCCGUCGCCUCGAACAGAUUAUCAGCAGAGAGUAGGAGGAUGAGUGCAGGAAACAACCUCACGCAGAGCCGAAAUGCCUCGACAGGCCAGGCCAAGAUCAAGGUCAAGAAUCCCGUCGUCGAGCUUGAUGGCGACGAGAUGACCCGCAUAAUUUGGCAAGACAUCAAGGACAAGUUCAUCCACCCAUACCUCGACAUCGACUUGAAGUACUACGACCUGGGUUUGCCAUAUCGAGAUGAGACAGAUGACAAAGUCACCGUCGACGCUGCUGAAGCGAUCAAGAAGUACUCAGUCGGCGUCAAGUGUGCUACCAUCACGCCUGACGAGGCCAGAGUCAAGGAGUUUAACCUCAAGAAGAUGUGGCUUUCCCCCAACGGCACAAUCCGUAACAUCCUCGGUGGCACCGUCUUCCGCGAGCCCAUCGUGAUCCCGCGAAUCCCCCGUCUCGUACCGGGCUGGGAAGCACCGAUCAUCAUCGGACGUCACGCCUUCGGUGACCAAUACCGCGCCAAAGACGAAGUCAUCCGCGAAGCUGGCACGCUCGAAAUGGUCUUUACCCCUAAAUCUGGCGCCGAGCCCCAGCGUGUUAAGGUCUUCGACUUCCCUGCCAGCGGUGGUGUCGCACAGACGCAGUACAACACCGAUGAUAGCAUCCGCGGGUUCGCGCACGCCAGCUUCAAGUUCGCUCUGGACCGCGGGUAUCCUCUUUAUAUGAGCACGAAGAACACGAUUCUCAAGGCAUAUGACGGCCGUUUCAAGGAUAUUUUCCAAGAGAUAUACGACAAUGAAUACGUCAAGGAAUUCGAGGCUAAGAAGAUCUGGUAUGAGCACAGGCUCAUCGACGAUAUGGUUGCGCAGAUGAUCAAGAGUACCGGUGGGUUCGUCAUCGCCAUGAAGAACUACGACGGCGAUGUCCAGAGCGACAUCGUGGCUCAAGGGUUCGGGUCUCUAGGUUUGAUGACGUCUCAGCUCAUCACGCCGGACGGUUUGACAUACGAGUCCGAAGCGGCACACGGGACAGUCACGCGACAUUACCGCGAGCACCAAAAGGGACGGGAGACGAGCACGAAUCCGAUCGCGAGUAUUUUCGCGUGGACGAGGGGCUUGGUCAAGCGUGGACAUCUCGAUGAGACCCCGGAGCUGGUUACUUGGGCGGAGAGCCUGGAGAAGGCCGUCGUCGACACCGUGAAUGACGACGGUAUUAUGACUAAGGAUCUGGCACUGGCGUGUGGAAAGAAAGAGCGCGAGGCGUGGGUUACCACGUCCCAGUUCAUGGAGGCAAUCGAGAAGCGCUUCCAAAAGAAUUUGGCCAGCGAGGGACUCGAGAAGGUUGCGAAGAAAUAAGCAGCAAAUUUCGACCGGGUGCGUGAAAUGCAGAUGCGGGUGCUGGGUGUCUUGCAUAUUGGGAGUUGGGGAUGAAGAUAGAACCAAGAAUCAGGAAAUCAUCGGAUCUCGAACAUCAUCGCUGGUACAUAUCGGGCAAAGCAUGCAGGAGCAUUGCUUAUCUCCAUAUCUACAAGUUGACAGCCGUUGAAGAUAUAUAGAGGUAGUGCAUAGAGACAGCACGCGAUAAAUAUCAUACAGCGUUCACAACCCG